AUGGCGACUCCACGACGAUCCGCACGCGUCAAGGCGUCAGACUCUAGCCCUGUCUACACCGAUCCCCCAGAGUCGGGCAUAGUCAGGAAGCGCAAGAGCAAGAGCGAUCUGUCUGGUAGCUCUCCGGCCACCAAGAAGGGAAAGAAGAGCUCUAAGCAGGAGGACAAGGAGCAGAAGACCAUCGAAGAUACCAUGGACGUCGACAAGGAAGAUGAGGACGCUGGUGGGGAUGCCGGUUUUCAGCCAAAGGAGGCCGAGGCGCCCAAGUCUGAUGUUGAGAUGAAGGAGGGAAAGCCAGACAGUGCUGCCGACGCCUCACAGCCGAAAGAGGACCAGCAGGCCCUUGACGAGAAUGCAGGGAAGCCAGCGGCACAGCCUGAGCCAGCAGAUGCGGCAGCUCCAGAAGCCGAUGACAAUGCUGCGGCUACGCAGGACGCAAAGCCUGAGCAGACCAGCCUUGAUUCAUUCGUCAAGAAUGACGGCACCGAGUCCGCAAAGCCCGCAGAAGACGAGCCAAAAGCGAGUGGUGCCGUACCACCAGGCGAAAGCACAGACAAGUCGACCUCGCAGGACAACGAGAGCAAGCCUGAGUCAUCUACUGAAGCCAAAUCCGAGCAGAAAGGUGAGCAGUCCCAGUCUUCCGAAGCACCAAAGGCCGAUGCGCAACCCAGCGUAGCCGAUCACACGCAGUCCAACGGCAAGUCGGAGGACACCAAGCCAGCAGACGACGCUCCGGAAGAGCAUGACCCCGAAGCCCGCGCCUCCUCCAUCCCCAGCAGCAUCCUCGAAAAAGGCAUCGUCUAUUUCUUCUUCCGCGCCCGCGUCAACACCUCCUCACCAUCCGACGUCAACGACAUCGCCCGCUCCUUCAUGAUCCUCCGCCCCCUCCCAAAGGGCGCCGCCCUGACCUCCGGCCCCAUCUCCGACACCUCCAAUUGCCGACUGAUCGCCAUCCCGAAAAAAGUCCUGCCCCUCAGCGGCAAAGACCGCUUCAUGGCCUUCGUCGAAUCCACCAACCAAUCCUUCAAGGACCUCAAAUCCUCCUUCCUGUCCUCGUCGAGCUACGCGACAAAGACGCAGGGAACAUCACACUCCCCCGCUGCAACGCCGAUCGCUGAAGGCGUCUACGCCCUCACCACGGACGGCAAGGAUUCGCACUUCGCGUAUAUGACUACCCUCCCCAGCACCCUCGGCGAAGUCCAGAAAGACGUCGGGAUCAAAGAACAAGGCUCAUUCGCUGUGAGUGCCAAGAACCCGAAAUUUCCUGGGCCUCAGAACGCGCAGAUCGGGAAGGAUCCCGAGUACUCAUCGGAGAUCAUGGAGGGUUUCAGAGAUCUGAGGUGGGGAAGCUUGAAGCCGGAGAUGUUGGGGUAUGAGGGCUGCCAAUUCCUGAUAAUUGGCGAGAGUGGAGGGGUCGACAGUGCGCUUGAGCAGUUGCCGAGGGACGAGAAGAAGGGGUUGGAUGCGCCGAAGGAGGAGAUGGAGAAGCUUGAAGAGGAGGAUGAGGUUAGGGUGAGGGAUCUGAAAGGUGAUGAUGCGGUGUUCGCGGAUCUGGGCAUAUCGAAGAAAGAAUACCCUGGCUUGUUGACCUCCUGGGACGCUUGA